CCGCUCGCUUAGCCGCCCGCCGCCGCCGCCGCCGCCGCCCGGGGCCCGUCUGCAGCAUGGAGUCGCCCGCCCCCGGCCAGCCCGCCGGCGUGCCGCAGUCCAAAGGAAAAUCCAAGAGGAAGAAGGAUUUACGGAUCUCCUGUGUGUCCAAGCCACCUGCGCCCAACCCCACACCGCCCCGGAACUUGGACUCCCGAACCUUUAUCACCAUCGGAGACAGGAACUUUGAGGUGGAGGCCGAUGACCUGGUGACCAUCUCAGAGCUGGGCCGUGGCGCCUAUGGGGUGGUGGAGAAGGUUCGGCAUGCCCAAAGUGGCACCAUCAUGGCCGUGAAGCGGAUCCGGGCCACCGUGAACUCACAGGAGCAGAAACGGCUGCUCAUGGACCUGGAUAUCAACAUGCGCACAGUGGACUGCUUCUACACCGUCACCUUCUACGGGGCGCUCUUCCGAGAGGGAGACGUGUGGAUUUGCAUGGAGCUCAUGGACACGUCUUUGGACAAGUUCUACCGCAAGGUGCUGGAGAAAGGCAUGACAAUCCCGGAGGACAUCCUGGGGGAGAUUGCCGUGUCUGUGGUGCGGGCCCUGGAGCACCUGCACAGCAAGCUCUCGGUGAUCCACAGAGAUGUGAAGCCGUCCAACGUCCUCAUCAACAAAGAGGGCCACGUGAAGAUGUGCGACUUUGGCAUCAGCGGCUACCUGGUGGACUCCGUGGCCAAGACCAUGGACGCCGGUUGCAAACCCUACAUGGCUCCCGAGAGGAUCAACCCGGAGCUGAACCAGAAGGGCUACAAUGUCAAGUCCGACGUCUGGAGUCUUGGCAUCACCAUGAUCGAGAUGGCCAUCCUGCGGUUCCCUUACGAGUCCUGGGGCACCCCAUUCCAGCAGCUGAAGCAGGUGGUGGAGGAGCCGUCCCCCCAGCUCCCGGCUGACCGCUUCUCCCCCGAGUUUGUGGACUUUACCGCGCAGUGCCUGAGAAAGAACCCCGCCGAACGCAUGAGCUACCUGGAGUUGAUGGAGCACCCUUUCUUCACCUUGCACAAAACCAAGAAGCCAGACAUCGCCGCCUUCGUGCAGGAGAUCCUGGGAGAGGACUCAUAGGAGCCAAGCUGGGGGCCCCACUCGAGCCCUCGGGGGCCUGCCCACAGCCAUAAGCUACUGCCCUCCUGGCCCUGGGCAUCCAGGACGAAGCCAGGGGCUGCUCCUGCAUGGCUGUGUGAGGAACUGCCGGUCACAAGCGCCGAAGACCCGAGACCCUGGACUUGGAGGGGCCUGGCCGCCCCUGCUGGACGCUGCUGCCCCCUUGUGGAGAAGUGCCAGUGCCGUGUGGGCCGUGGCCAGCCAAGCUGUAUAUAUUUUUUUAAUCUCUCAACUGAAUGGACUGUGCACAUUUUGGUCCUGGCCUUGGUGUGGGGGAUGAGCCACGUGGAUCUGCUCCCCCCGCCAAUGAACUCCCGCCCAGGCUGUGACAUUGGCACCUGUGACCUGGGGGACCCAGCCACCGGCCCCCACCGCCACUGCCAGGGGUGUCUCUUCACUUUUUUUUUUAAUUUAUCCUCUGUUGAUUGACGCCCCCCCCCCCCCAUUUCUUUCGCUUAGUGGGUUUGGCUGGUUUUUCUUGCAUGGAUUGACUUUUCCACCCUGUGGGCUAAGCAGCAGGUGCACCCCAGUCCCCUGGGCUCACACCGGAGUAUCGGCUCAGAGAAGUGCCUGGGGAGCCCACUGGCUCCCUCUCCCUGGGGACCUGCUUGACAAGGGCUAUGAAUUUGCUUUGGUGAUGUUUGAGGAAAAAAACAAACAAACAAAAAAACAAAAAAAGGAAAAUAUAUUUUUAUGAAGAAAGAA